AUGAUGGAGGACUUCGGCUCGGCCCUGGAGAAGAACGUGGCCGACCUCACGGUGAUGGACGUUUACGACAUCGCCGCCGUGGUGGGCCAGGAGUUCGAGCGGAUCAUCGACCAGUACGGCUGCGAGGCUCUGUCCCGGCUCAUGCCCAAGGUGGUGCGGGUGCUGGAGAUCCUGGAGGUGAUGGUGAGCCGCAGCAGCAUGAGCCCGGACGUGGAGGAGCUGCGGCUGGAGCUGGACAGGCUGCGGCUGGAGCGGAUAGACCGGCUGGAGAAGGAGAAGAAGCACCGACAGGAGUUGGAGCGGGUGGAGGAUGUGUGGCGGGGAGAAGCCCAGGAUCUCCUGUCCCAGAUCGCCCAGCUGCAGGAGGAGAACAAGAACCUCCUCUCCAACGUGUCCUUCAAAGACUCUGUGAACGAGGAGGACCUGCAGAGGCCCGAGGGUAUGACGGAGAGAGAGAAGCAGGUGAUGAUGAAGCUGAAGGAGGUGGUGGACAAACAGCGGGACGAGAUUCGAGCGAAGGAUCGCGAGCUGACGCUGAAAAGCGAAGACAUAGAAGCACUCCAGCAGCAACAGUCCCGUCUCAUGAAAAUCAACCACGACCUGCGCCAUAAGAUCUCCGUGGUGGAGGCUCAGGGGAAAGCGCUGAUCGGGCAGAAGGUGGAGCUGGAGGCCGGCGCCCAGGCGCAAGCGCAGGAAGUCAGCGCCCUGAGGCAGGAAGUGGCGCGCUUGCGGGAGCGGCUUCAGGGCGAGCCGACUGCACAGAGCCCCGAGGAGCUGCUGCUGCCUCAGCCGCCGUCGCCAGCAGAGCGUGAUAAAAGUGCCAAAGUGUCUUUGAGCGCUGAGGGUCGGUCAGACCGACCGGACGCCUGCCAGCUGCUGCUGGGUGGGUUUGAGUCACCUCUGCAGCCCCAAGCUUGCUCCCUCAGCUCAGAAGGACAUGAAGAUGAGGAGGCUGAGGAUGAAGCUGCGUUGCUUUGGGAGGCGAUGUGUGAUGAGGACAUGCCUGGUGUGUUCCAAUAUUUCACCAAGGAGGCCAUGUGCGAGGAGGAGUCAGGCGGACUGGACCCAAAGGACCCCAACAGGCCCCGCUUCACUCUGCAGGAGCUGAGGGACGUCCUGCAUGAGAGGAACGAGCUGAAGUCCAAAGUGUUCCUGCUGCAGGAGGAGCUGGCGUACUACAAGAGCGAUGAAACGGAGGAUGACAUCGCAGCUCCUUCGCCGUCUCCCUCUCCUGAGCUGAGGACCCGCUCCCGAUCCUCCACCCAACCCGAAUCUGGAAUCAAGAGGCUGUUUAGCUUCUUUUCGCGAGACAAGCAGCGCGGCUCGCAGCGGGGCGCGCAGCUCGACGCCAGCUUCGGCUCGUGGAUGCAGAGAGAGGACGUGUACACGGAGCAGGCCCAGGAGGCGCUGCAGCAUCUGUAGGAACCCUCCGCAUCCAUCGCUCCCCCACCCGCACAUUAAACCGCCGCUGGCGACCCUUUCUGCAGCCGAAAGUGCUUCAAGGUGAGCCGAGUUGCAGAAAGAAGAGGAUCUUCGUGGAGAACUGGACUGAAAAGUUUAUUUUAAAGUACAUAAACGAUUUGUUUUCAGCUAGAGACUGCGUAGCGUUGGAGUGCCGGAAAGUGUUUUGGUCCUACAGGAAUCAUUUGCACAGGAGGUGGUUAACCCACACUGAAGGAUGGAGAGCGGGAUGUUGCAGAGAAGAUGAGACUUGAGUUUGCAGAAACUUUAUUCAGACUGAAAAGGCACGUUUUCAUGAUUACUGUUGGUUUUAUUGCUUAUUCCUUGAAGUAGAAAAGCCUGACACUUUAGUUUUACAGUUACUGUAACAUUUCUACUCUGUUGAACAUUUGCUGUGUCGUUGGCCCCCGACGCGGGUUCACCACCAGCAUUUAGGGACUCCUGAGCAGCUCCACAAAUCAGAUGAAGGCCCGCGUAGGAAACGCCGCACCCAGACCUGGUUUAAACCGCGUCCAGCACCACAUAAAACCCCAAAGCCCGUCUCUGCAAAGAAAACUGCGUAAACGUGAACUUUGAAAUAGUAAAACAAAUGAUAAUAAAGCACAUUUUGAGGGUUUUCGCACAGGCUGUUGGAUGUAAAUCAUGAACAGGUUUGGCUUUAAUGUACGUUCACUCACUUUUUUUAACUUAGGAAAUCCUACAUUUUAAUUCUCAUGUCUCCCCAGUUUUCAAUUAAGACUGUUUCAUGAAAUUGAAACUUUUCUCAUUACAUCACUAAGCGGUCAUCCUAAUUCUAAUUAAAAAGCCUAAAUACACGAGUCAGCAGCAAUAAAAUCCUGCCGUUUCUGUAAAAUAGCAGUAUUGGUUUAAGCAGCCGUUUUCAUUCACUUGACUUAAUGUCGGUAUUUCAAAACCCAGAUUAAGCAUCUUUUGGCUCUAUGUUGCAUUUAUUCUCCAUUUAUAGGAUUACUUUAUCACUGAGUCAAUAUAUUUUGGACUUUAUCAAAUAUAUCUCUAUUUAUUUAUGGCUUUUAGCAUUUCUAUAAAAUCAAGUUAUUACCUAAAUCUCUGCUCCGUGAUUUCUCUUUUAUUUAUUUAGAAUCAACAAAUGACAGCACGCUCCACAAUUAUAGACACUCCUGGUCUGGGUCUGAAGGAAGCUCUAAAGUAAAUAAUUUUAUUGCAGUAGCGUGAUUUCACUCUGAAUAGUCUGCAGCAGUUCCAAAUGCGAUCGAAGCCUUGGUCCCCGCUCCGGUGUCCUGUCGGGUCAAUAAAUCUUGUCAGACUGGCACACGCUGGAAUAAGACAAGAUAUGGCAAAGCAUCUUUAUUAAAGAAAAUAAAACGUCAACAUAGAGAACAAGUGGGAUCUUUAAAGGGUUCUAACACAAGCCUGGUCCAGGGUGCAGGUUUUCAGUCAGUGCCUGAAAGACUGCAGGCUUUACUGAGGAUUUCGCUUGCUAGCCAUCCUUGAAUGUGUUUUAAAAACGACAUUUUGUCAACCCUUUUUUUUAUUAUUAUUAUUAUUACCAGAGAUUCAAAGUAAGAUUUACAAUAUACAUCUUUGGUCAGUCAAAGCUUUUUUUUGUGGAUGAUGAAACAACUUGACCACACCCUUUGGGCAGUACCAGGCUAGUUCAGGAGGAUGGUACACCGGCCAAGACGAUACCCGCAGAAUUCACUCUCCAAGAAUCAAGAGGAAUUGGCUUUUGAGACAGACACCGAAUCCGGAUGCACACAAAUAAUAUACACACAGGUAGACACAACAGACGGUAUUUUCAUGAUUCCUCUGACGUUCAAUUCAACUCCAUAUCAGACUUUAAUCAUAGAUCGACUUCAUCAUAAACAAGCCAACCCUCAGUGUUAUUCGUGCUGGUGACGCCUCACUGUACCUGCAGGGGACAGUGGCCACACCUCCUCCCAGGUGCCUAAAGGCCGCUCUCCUGCCCCAGAGCGCAGAGGAGGAGCGCUUAACUGCUCACACCCAUGCAGCGCAGCGUCUAUAAAGGAACAUUGUUUGCUGGUGUGGCAUGCUUUUAUCAUUCUGAAAAUGUACGCCGCUUUCUUGGGGUGCCGUACACUUUUAGUAUGGAUUCUACGAAAACUUUUCUAAAUUAUCUUCAGUCUUGGUCACACCAAGUCUUUGGGGUUUCCCCACAAGGAUUACAACUGACUCCCGCUCUUGUACCUUACCUGUUGGUGAUAUAUUACAGGGACGUCUCAAAUGUGAGGAUCGUCAAAAAGUUCCUUGGUGAAACUCGGGUGUAGAUUAAUUACACAGCGGGAAUUAUUUCAAACCUUUAUCGCUUGUCGUUUUGGUGACUACAGCUUACAGAUCAUGAAAACCUACAAUUCAGUGUCUAAGAAAACUGGAGUAAUACGUAAGAUCAGUUAAAAAGGAUAUUUUAAACCGGAGUGUCAGGCUUCUGUGUAGCAUCUUCAUUUCUAUGUACUCGAGGCUUUUUGGGCCUCGUGUUCCAUCAAUUACUGCUUCAACGCAUGUCCCGCUGCACAGGCGCAGUAAAUGGGAGGAAACUGUAAAUGCUUAUGAAGAAAAAUAGCAAUGAAUUAAUCAAAUCUGUGGAUGGUGUCUUGGCCACCCUCAGAGGAUCUCCAGCUCUUUGGUUCUGGUCACAUUCAGACACCUUGAAAAUGGCGAGUUUUACCUGACGUAUAGAGACUGCCUUUUCUUUUCUGAGGGCUACGCGUGUUUGCAGCAUCAAUGAUUUUGUUAAACACCAUUUAUUCCUGCAGACCUAAUAAAUGCUCUGUGAGAGUACGUUACCGCAGUAAAGUUAAUCUCUUCUCAUGCUUUUUGCACAUCUUUACCAGGGAUGCAACUGAAUGUGCCGGGCGUUUUACCUGAGGAUCCGCCUUAGUCCCCGGCUGUCUGUCUGAAAAGGAAUUAGGGAAGUAGAAAUGUAGCUUUGUAGAAAAUACAUUGGUUUCCUUAAUUAGUUUACAGCAGGGGUGUCCAAAGUGCAGCCCGGGGGCCUUUUGUGGUCCUCUGAAUGAUUUUGGGCGGCCCUCAAUCAGAAUGGCCUAAAUUUGGUUUUGCCAUCUCAGAUGGUUGAGGCGAUACACUUUUAAAAAGUUUGGCAAUUUUCACUGAUACAAGGCCUUUAAAAACAGACACAAAUUCAAAUCUUCUUGAAAGGCAAAAUAUAAGGUGCAACGAUAAAAAAAAAAAAUCUUAUCAGCCAUACUUUUUGGUUUUCAUUUAACAGUAAAUAAGACCACAAACGUUUUACCAAAAGGCAGACUUGGGUGCACCCAUUUAUUUAACCCAAGAGUGAGCCCAAUUUAAUCACUUUCUUGUAGCUGAAAAGACAGAAAAACAAACAAAACCCAGAAAAACAUGAUCAACUCAAAUAGUUGGACAUUGUUUGCCGGGCGAACCUGCAGUAGUAUUUUUAUGUUUCAAAUCUAAAAUUAUUUAGAUUCCUUUUCUACACAAAUCGGACUAAUUUUCUUGUUUCAUUAAAGUAUUUUGUGUUCAGUUUAUUGUUGUGCAGGUAAAAAUGAAAAAAAGGUUUUUGCCAUUUUGAUUAAAAGAUUUUAAUUUUUGUGGCCCCUGACUACUUUCUAGGUGACAUAUUGACCCCCCCAUGGCAAAAAGUUUGGACACCCCUGGUUUAGAGGAAAUGUCCCGGUCUGCAAUAAUUUCUGCAGCAGGGGGCGCUAUAACCUACCAAACCACAACUUGUUUAGUUUAGACAUUUAUUUCCUUGAAGUGCAUCAAGUUUGGGUUUUUCUUAGUAGCUAAAGUUUCCCUGAUGUGGAACAGGACAUCUCUUCUGCAGAUGUUCCUCACCUCAUCCUAUCCUCAUCCGUCAAAGAUUUAAUCAAAAUUUUCCUACAAGUUGCAUUUUUGUAACAUAGAAUUAUUCAUAGGUUGCUAAAUAAAUCUCUUUACUGGUGAUUGUGUUUCCACAUUUCCUACCCUGGUAACUGUGCUCGCCGUUUCUUGGGGGAGGUCCUAAGAGUGUUGUGAUCUGCGAUUGAUUAGUAUAACAAUAUAAGAUGGGCUUUCCAAUAAUAAACCAAAAAGUGACAUCCCUCCUCGUUAGUAAGAGCUUGAAUCUAUGACGUUUUAGACAGUAAAGUACAGCGCAAACACUACGGCAUCAUUUUCUGCAAGGCCUCCGGUAUAAACAUCUGUCAAAGUCACACAGGAGAUCAAACGGGUCGGGCGAGAAGGUUCCCCAAACUUCAGCUGAUCUUAGAACAUGUGGAUUGCUCUGGAAGAGGCUUCAGAGAAACGUUAGGUUUUUUUUACGGUUUCCGCUUCAUUAGCUGCAGCGAGAAGCUGUGUGUGUGUUUUAAAGGUAAUGGCACUUUAUCUUCAUUUACGCUCUUCCAGACAGCUGGAAUAAACCUUAUGAGAGAAGAAUACUGUGGCAAAUAGGUGAGGAUAAAGGCAAGCGUGUGUGGGAUUUAAUUACUUUUCCUUCGUCAUAAUUUAGCCAGGAAUAAUUUCCACACAUGGGGGCAGGUGUAUGGACAGACGGAGGAUCUGUGGGAUACGGGCGGGAUUAUUUAACGCUGUAAAACAGUUAAAGGGAACUCCAGACAAGCUGCUGCAUAUUACUCUUCCAUCAUGUCUGUACUCUGAAACAGAGAUGUAAUAAACUCAUCAUGGCUCAAAUUCAAACUUCUUUCCUCUGUAAUAAAACUCAUUAACAUGUG